AUGGGAGGGAAGAAGUCAAGCACAUGCUCCAUUGGAAGUGUGUUGAAGGCGUGUUUCUCAAGUGGGGAUAGUGAUGAUGAUGGAUACUGGGAAGGCAGUGGGAGAAGGAUAUUUGCUAGUGAUGAAGACAGUGGACGCUGGGUUGCUGAGCCUGGCAUUGACAGAAAAGCCUCUGAUUUCAUUGCUAGACACUAUGCCACCAGAAUCACUGAUUCUCAACGCCAAUUUGCAUAA